AUGGCACCCUUAGUUCGCAGCACAAGCACGAUGUCACUCGUUCCGGUUCAGUACCGCAGCUGGUGGGACGACUGGGAUUUACCGCUGUACACCAGAGUACUGGAGAAGUCCAUAACCCAGGAGGUGCUGGGGGAUGAUCCGUUCCUCUGGCGUCACCCACCGCUUCCACCGCUACGGUGGUCAAGUUUGUGGCGUCCGUGGAAAUAUCUGAGCCUGCGAGACGUCGGCUCCCGGGUGGACACGGAUCGGGAAAAAUUCACUAUCGAAGUGGACGUUCAUCAGUUUGCACCACACGAGGUUACCGUUAGGAAAACGGACAAAUACGUAACCAUCGAGGGAAAGCACGAGGAAAAGCGCGAUGAGCUAGGCUAUGUCGCAAGACAGUUUUCUCGGCGCUAUCUGAUUCCAAUUGGAUACGAUGCAAACCUGAUCAUCUCAUCGCUCUCCUCGGACCGAGUGCUCACCGUUACUGCCCCUAGAAUCGGUCUGCCCGCACCAAAGGUGGAAAAAUACGUCCCAAUUUGGCACACCGGAAAACCUGCCAUCGAGGAUAAGAAUUUUGUGAUUGGAUUUUAUUUGCCCUAA